CCGUAGUGACGCACUUGGUGUCCGCGGAGGGAGGACGGGGGCGGUGGCUGCCGGGGGGGUGCUCUCCCCGUGUCCCCUACUCUCACUCAGGCAGCCGCCGGCGCCGCCGCCGCCGCCAUGUUGGUUUGAGAGGCGAUGACAGGAGGCGACCGCGGCAUGUGGGACUGAAAAAGUGCAGGAGGAGGAGAAACAAAGCUCUAAGAGGAAACUGUUCCCAGGCUGAGGAGAGGGAGGACCCGGCCUCUUCCGGGGACCAGCCGCAGUCGGCGUCGCCCGGAGCUCGCGAGCCCGGGGAGGGGAGGGGAGGCGGAGACGGGGGAGGCGGAGGCAGAGAGCAGCGCCGCGGCGCUGGAGACGAUGCGCCCCGACCCUCGCGGCUGCCCGGAGGCGCCCGCGGCCUGAGGCCCGAGCAGCCGUGGAACGUCCUGGCUGGCCCCGAGCCUCCCCGUGCCCGCCGCCCCCGCUCAGUCUCUCCGUCCGGCGCUGUCGCUUCGGUCCCCAACUAGUUAAAUGCCCUUGAGCGCGGGGUGCCGCGGCUCGGCUCUCAGCCCCGGCGGCGCGAGCUGAGCCGUUUCCUGGGCCGUCCGCGCGGGCCCCCGGCGCGCGGCUCUCGGCGGGGGCGUCCGGCCGCUGCUCGGCCGCCACUCACGGCUCACGCGUCGAUGUGUAGCUACAUAGUUAUCUGGGUACAUGCACGCUGGGGCAUUUUCCUCCAGCUUAAUGAGGACUUGACUCGGGAGCGAGUGUGAAUCACUGCCGGGGCUGGGAAAGAAGGAAGGCGGAUUUAACCCCCUCCCACUCCGCUCCAUGUCCGUGUGUCACUCGGCUUGGUCCACCUGGCGCGGCCGGUCCUGGGGUUGCUGCUGACGACGACGACGACGACGACAACGACUACGGGAGCUGCCGCUGCCGUCCCGGGAGUUUCCUCGCUCCGGCCAUACAGCUUCUGGGGAUUGUUCCUCUUCGCACCAGAACCUCGGCCAGGCCGGCACUUUGGCUCCGAAAUAACUUAUUUUUGGAGGGGCAAAAGCACAUCACGAACGAAUCAAAGUCGUGAAGGUUUAUUUCUGUAGCUUGAAGACUUCUGCUCUUUUUUGUUUGUUGUGUUUGGUUUUUUUUUUUUGGCGUAAACAUCUGGGUAUAUAUCAAGCGGCAAGAUGUCCAGUAAUGUCCCGGCGGAUAUGAUAAAUUUGCGCCUCAUCUUGGUAAGUGGAAAAACAAAAGAGUUCCUGUUUUCUCCUAACGACUCCGCUUCUGACAUUGCGAAGCAUGUGUAUGACAACUGGCCAAUGGACUGGGAAGAAGAGCAAGUCAGCAGUCCAAAUAUUCUAAGACUUAUUUAUCAAGGACGAUUUCUACAUGGAAAUGUCACACUAGGAGCAUUAAAACUUCCUUUUGGCAAAACAACAGUGAUGCAUUUGGUGGCCAGAGAGACAUUGCCAGAGCCAAACUCUCAAGGUCAGAGGAAUCGUGAAAAGACUGGCGAGAGUAAUUGUUGUGUAAUCCUGUAAACACUGUCUGCUAAGAGUGAUGUGAUACAUAGUCGUUGUCUUUCAUGCUGCUGGGACGGAAGAGACCCAACAUUGCUUCAGAAACCUUUAAGAACAGUCUGCCUGUAAAUCCAUGGAACUGAAUUCCCACACGAACACUGUCAUCUUUUCUCAUGAAAGUAAAAAGAACCAAGAACAUUUUUCACUAUAAUUUUUUAUUUCUUGUGUUUUUGCUUAUGUUGAGCAGUUUUAAAACAUACUGGUUUUUGAAUGCAGUCAGUCUCCAGGGGAAAAGUUAACAAGUUAUCUUUCAUAGCAGAAACCAUUUUGCUGCCACGAAAAUUUUCAUCACCAGAACUAACAAAUCAAGCGUUCCAAAUACAAUUUGCACUAAAAAAGAUUGGCAUUAUUUUUCCUCAUCAGCAGAAUUUAUAACAGUUUAUGAUACCUAGAAAUACUCAUAUAUACAAUUCCAUACUGGAAGACACUCAGCAAUUAAUGAAAUUAAUUACUGGGCCAACUUGAGAGGAAAAAAAUGGGAAAGAAAUUAAAAUGUUGGGUGAUUUCUACCAAAGUCAGCCAUGGCGGCUGCACUGGCACAGAAUACUAAACCAAGUGUGACUAUUUUCACUGCAACAAAUGAAAAAACAAAAAACAAAAUGUGCCUGUUGUUUAAAGCACUCAGUAGAGGGCUGAUGAAACUAUUUUUCCUUUAAGACAUGCACUCUUGAGUCCUACAGUAACUGAGUGCUUGUUCAAACAGCACAAGAGGGGUGAGAGUGCGUCUCCUAGCCUUAAUGUGGGAGGGGAAUAACAGUUGCUCAUAGGCUUUCAUUAUUGUGCAGAAAUGUUAGAAAACCUCAUUGACUGAUCGAUUUUGUGUAUUUGAAUAUCAGCAAAGUGAAAUUUUCUGUAAUUGUUGCUCAUCUGUAACCAUGUCCAGUGUCAUGCUUACUCUAACUUAGAGAGUUCAGAUGAAUUCUUAAAAUUAACAAAAAAAAUCUCCAUAGUACUAAUUUUGUUUCUUUAUGUAGCUUGCAUUUGGUAUUAGUGCUUGCAAUUGUAUUAAAAUCAAAAGCUGAUUUUUACAGCAUAUGUGAUUAAGGAUGCCAUUCUUUUAUUUCGUACCAAUUUAAAGAUUGAUAUGCUAAAAACAAUUUGCACAGCACUAAAGCAUGAGCUAGUUUCAUCUAAACCUGUAAAAAUAUGAAAGAUUUUAUAUUUUUUCACUGGGAAGAAAUUCUUCCUGGAUGAAAUUACAAAUAUGUGUAGAAUAUAUUUAAUAAAAGACAUAUAAAAUACCUAACUAUAGAUCUUAAAUAUAGAUUGGCGAGUAGUAUAUAGAACAAUAUUCCAUAUAAAUAACUUUAGCCUUUAUAAAAAUAAAAAAGUUGCAGGCUGACAUUAUGUUCUCUACUUACUAAAUGUCUAUGACCCUUACAAACAUUAAGUGUAAAUGGUUUCAAAUGGUCAGCGUUGUUUAAAUGUAAUCAGGUUACUUUAUUCAUUGUUAAUGCUUUGAUGAAAAGGCUUUAUAUGCAGUAGAUCUACAAAAAUAUUGUUCAUACUGAUCACAAUUAAAUUUGUAUAGAGCAGAGUUUUAAAACGAAUGUAAAUAGCACUAAACAUUUUCUUUCUGCAACCUGUACUUAUAGAUUUCUUUCUGUAAACUAAAUAAAAAAAAUCAUAGUGCAUUUUGGUGGUAAUUUUAAAGGUCCUGAUUAGGUCAAUACUUGUUUAAGCACUGUCUCAUCCAUGUUAAAAUUGUUGUCUACUUUUAUUUCUGAAGCUUUUAAAAUUCGUUAAAUUAAUAUUCUACUGUCGGUUUGGGGAGUAUUCCCAGUGUAUCUUUGAUAUUUAACCUGGUUAAUUUGUGCACAGUCACAACAAUGAAUAGAAUUAUGUAGUCUCUGUUAUCACUAAAAUGUUAUAUUUGAGAGAUGUUAAAUAUUUAUGUUUUGUUGACCAGCUCAAAUGUGAAUUCUGUUAGUGUUGACUAAAGAAGAAUCUGGUAGUUACUUAAUUGGGCAAUUAAACAAUUUAUGGCUCUAUUCUUUUGGAAAACAAACUGCUGGUAAUUAUUUUUAAUACCUAUUUUAAUUCUAAUUAGUCUUGAUUUUCCAAAGCUAAAGACUAUCAGUUAAUUCAGACUGAGUUUUUAUGAUGGUUAAAAAUAAUUUUCUAUUGGUUUUCAAUAUAUUUUUCUGUGUAUUCUCACAUUAUAUAUUUCCCUUUCACAAGAAACGUAAAUCAAGCAAUUGCUAAGUGAGAUUAACUGGUUCAUUAACAGAGAAAGAAUUAUGACACUUAAUACUUAAUAUCAUAGUUGUACAAAAUGAAAAAAAAGAAUAAAAACCAGUAAAAUUAUAUACUGAAAACACCAAAAAUUUAGAUGCCUUAAUGUAGUGUAUUCGUGAAAAUACUCAACCAUCCCUUUAAAAAUAAUCCCUUGGACUGCCUGAUGGUUAAACCAUUCAUCAUAUCCAAGGCUACUUUUGAAGAUCCCGCUGCCAAAAAUAGUGGCUCAUUUACCUAAAGGUGAGAGCUGCAUAGAUCCAAUAAUGUAAAUAAAGCCUGAAUGGUGAGCCUGUGCCCCCGCCGAGCGCUUGGUAUCUAACUCAGUCUCUUUUACCUAAAGUCCUAGAUAAAGUGUUUCUGGACAAGGCAAAGCUCAUCUUCUUUAUUAAAGCCUCAGCAUGUC